CGUGCUCUGAGGCAAGAUGUCGGAUAUUUCAAGUAACGUGACGAGCAAGCCGCUAAAUCCACGAGAUUCGGCUAAAUUCAUCUCCUCUAGAAGUCAAAACGUUUCUAUUUGCCAGAAAGGUGUAGAAGAAGCAUCGAAAGGUAUAUUCGAUUGCCUGAAAUCAAAAAAAUACAGCUUCAAAUCUUGGAAGGAACAUGAACUACAUCCGAACGACAUGACGAAAGAAACUCUAGAUUGGAUCGUUGUGUUGGAUGCGUUAAAUUUUUCGUUUUGGACGGAUGAAAAAGUGGAACCGUGGAUAGUGCGAUUUGAAGGAAAGAAUUACAAAGGGUACUGGGCUCUGUGUGCAGCCAUAAACAGAGCUCUGAAGGUUUGUAUUAAAUGACAAGGUAGUAAUGAUGAUGUAGAUGACAUCGACAGUGACAGCAACAACAACAAUUACAGUAAUAAAAAUAAUAUAAAUAGUAAUAAUAAUAAUAAUAAUAAUAAUAAUAAUAGUUAUGAUAACGGUUAUACUAGUUUGCUUAUAGCGCAGCAUUUUCAAGUCCCAGAAAAGCCUGUGGGUGGGGAGGGGCGGGGGAUGUGACUCCCAUGUAAAAGUGAAGAUUAAUCUCGUAGGAAAAUUAAAAUUAAACCCCUGAAGGAGACUAGUCCAGGUGUGGUGUAGGCUUUAUUUGACCUCUGUUAAAAUGUUUUUAUUGCAAGUGUCUAUGGUUAAUGAUAAAAUAAUUAACAAUUCUUGCACGAGGUUGAGCAAAAUAUCGUGAUUGAGCUGAGAGACACUGACAAAUCACGGUUUUUUGCAGUAACCUAGUGCAAUCAUAGUUUUAUCAUCCAAUCACCGAGUUGUUGUUUUUUUUUAAUGAAUAUCUUCGGGAAGUAAACAUUUUAUUGUUAUUAUUAUUAUUAUUAUUAUUAUUAUUAUUAUUAUUAUUAUUAUUAUUAUCAUUAUUAUUAUUUAUAGCCAUGAAUGAAAUGUUAUGUUGGAUUAGCAGCAUUCUUAGACAUGAGAUCUUGAGAAGUUGGGGGUGUGCAUUUGCUACAAAGGACUGAGAAAAGGAAUACUCCAUCUCUAAUGGUACCACAAAAUCUUUUCAUCCAAUUACAUCUUUGUUUUCAUUUUAUUUAGGAAGGCAUUCAAUUUACUACACCUUCAUAUUAUGCCGAUGUCACUGUGACACAGUUACAACACAUCUUCAGAUCUGAGACUCCAACUGAAAUGCCACUACUCGAGGAGAGAAGAAAGAAUUUAAAUGAAGUUGGAAAAGUUCUAGUCAAGGAUUACAAGAACUCAUUUACCAAUGUUUUGUUACAGUGCAACCAUAGCGCUGAGAAACUUCUCAACCUGAUCACAAGCACUUUCAAGUGUUUUCAAGAUGAAGCAGAGUUUGAAGGUACCAAUGUAUCAUUUUACAAGCGUGCACAAAUUUUGAUUGCUGACAUCUGGGCCUGCUUUGAGGGACAAGGAUGGGGGCAUUUCACUGAUAUUGAUCAUCUCACCAUGUUUGCCGAUUACCGAGUACCUCAGUCCCUCUUGCAUCUCGGCAUCAUGAAAUACACUGAUGAGCUCUUAGAGAAGCUAAAAAAAGGUGAGGUCAUUCCUGCUGGUGACAAGUUAGAGUUAGAGAUAAGAGGGAAUACCAUUUGGGCUGUAGAGCUAACGUACCAGGAAAUGGUGAAAAUGGCCAAAGGGGAUUCCCAGUUCAGUUCUUUACCUCCAGAGGAACUCAGCUCAGUUGUGAACGCUGUCAUUAUUGAUUAUUACCUGUGGGAUUUUGCCAAAAGGGAGUUGGAAGGAAUCACCGAGUUUCCUUUUCACAAGACUAGAACCAUAUUCUACUGA